AGAACCAGCGUUAUUUGGGGCUCGCUUGCGGGUUGCUUUCGGCUCCAAGUCAUGACUACCCAUUACGUCUUCUUCGUGUGCUCGCUGUUCCUACUCCUAGAGAGGGCGUGUGCCCAGGAGUCCCCACUGUCAGGGAGUACAAGUAUCUGUUUGCAGCCACCACUUAAAGGACCCUGUCGGGCCAUACAUUACAGGUGGCACUACGAUAGAUAUUCGCAAACCUGCAAGCAGUUUACAUAUGGGGGCUGCGAAGGGAAUGACAACAAUUUCUUAGAUUUUACAGAGUGUUCAGAAACAUGCAAGCGGAUCAAAAAAGUGCCAAAAAUAUGCAGGCUCGAAGCUGACCCAGGAAUAUGCCGCGGUUACAUUGCGAGAUAUUUCUUCAACCUCAGAACAAUGAAAUGUGAAAAGUUUUAUUAUGGAGGUUGUUUUGGAAACGAAAACAGAUUUGACAGCCCAGACACCUGCAUGGACUUCUGUUUGCCAAGAAGAACUGCUCCUUCAUUUUGUUACAGUCCAAAAGAAGAAGGAUCAUGCUCAGCUUCAGUCGCUCGCUUUUAUUACAAUACUAGGACAAAAACAUGUGAGAGGUUCACCUACACUGGCUGUGGUGGGAACAAUAACAACUUUACCACAGAAAGAUCCUGUCUCAAGAUCUGCAGGAGAAGAACAAGGAAACAAAUUUUGUGAGACCAAAGAAAUGGAUGAAUACAAAAAUCUCUCCAGAAAAAUGAAUGCUGCACAGUUUUCUAAAUCUGAAAAUUUGAACUAUUUGAAUUUACUGGAAGCUAUAAUUUAUUAUCUUAUUAUAUACAGAAAAUAUUAUGAUCAUUUCUCAAAUAUAGGAAAUUACUAUUGUGUAAUUCAUUAUAAUACCUCUGAAGGCACAGUAUAUAAUUAUAGCCUCUUCUUCCCUUUUUUGUAAUCCUUCCUCAGUUGUUGACUAAGUAUCUGGGCUCUAAUAGCCUGGAAUAAUUGCUGUUCUGAUGGAGUGAGUAAAGGGAGGGAAACACAUCUCAUUUCUCAGUCUUGAAGGCAGCUGUGCUAUCAUGAGGCCUGAGGAGCUGACCUAACUGCUAAUCAGGUCUGGUGUGGUGAAAUAUCAAGACAGUGGUCCGACUGGUCCAGUCUGAUAUAAAGGUGUUGGGCACUAGAGGCCUGGGAUGGCAUCCAUUACCUCAGAUGUUUGGCAACAUGCUAGCAGUCAAACCUAAAUACUGGAGAGAAGGAAAAGGGGAGAAAGAAAGGGGGGGAAAGUCUGUUCAUGGAGUGAACGGAGUGGCUGAAGCGAAAGAUUGUAAAGAGAUGUAGUGCGCAGAGCAGUUGUUGGUUCCUAAUCGAAAAAGGAAGAAGAAAAGUCCAUGGGUGGCUUCUCUGGAAAAAAAGAAGUGAAGGCCCAAAGGGAUGAGACCUUCCCCCAAGAGCUCAGAUUUGAAGGAAGGCCUCAGCUGUUGGUGGCAAAGCCUUGGUUCAUCUCGCAACAGAUAAGCAUGGGUGUUCAGGUGAGCAGUUCCAGAAGAAAGUCAAGCCACACUGAACACAGUAAAUUCCAGUUAAUUCAUUUCUUUUACUCUUUCUUUUGCCAAAUCCAGAAAUGAGGGAAGAAGACUGAAGGAAAGGUGAAGGAGAGCUAGAAAGGGCUAGUCUCUGGGAGGGAGACCUAGGAGGAAACCUGGCACUGGGUGAAUACCAGUACUAUGUUGUAUAUUCUAUUUAUGGAGAUUCUUAAUCUCCCAGAUCAUGGUGGUUCCAAAGCUACUUUUCCAGAAGGUAUCUGGACUUUCUUGGUUUUUUCCUUGAAAAUGUUUUGCUUCUCAUCCAAGAAGCUUCUUCAGUUCUGACUGAACGGUAGGGAAUGGAAGGACUUAUAUUCUUUGCAGUCAUCUGUUUGUCAGCACUCUGAGGGUUGGUCAUUUAGCUUUCUGGGAAUUAUUAGGCCACUUGGGGGGUUAUCUGUAUCGUCUGAGUCACCAGAAUGAGAGUGCAAACAGGUAUGAAUUUUCUUGGGACUGUUGUAUAUUCCGUUGUUAUAAAUACCUGCUGUGAAUAAAUUCAUUGUA